GUGAUGGAGAACAGGACAGAGGUAACAGAGUUCAUCCUUCUAGGUCUGACCAAUGCACCAGAACUGCAGACACCACUCUUUAUCAUUUUCACUCUUAUCUACUUCAUUAACGUGACUGGAAACUUGGGGAUGCUUGUGCUGAUUCUCUGGGACUCCCGACUCCACACUCCUAUGUACAUUUUUCUUGGUCACUUGUCUCUGGUGGAUAUCUUUUACUCCUCUGCUGUCACCCCAACAGUUGUUGCUGGACUUCUUGUAGGAAACCAAGCCAUUUCCUACAGUGCUUGUGCUGCUCAGAUGUUCUUAUUUGUAGUUUUUGCUACAGCAGAAAAUUUUCUCUUGGCUGCAAUGGCUUAUGAUCGCUAUGCAGCAGUGUGCAAACCCCUGCAUUAUACCACCACAAUGACUCCAACUACUUGUGCAUGUCUGACCACAGCCUGCUACGCUGGGGGUUUCCUGAAUUCCUCCAUCCACACUGGGAAUACAUUCAGACUCUAUUUCUGUAAGUCCAAUGCAGUCCAUCACUUUUUCUGUGAUGUUCCAGCAGUCAUGGUUCUCUCUUGUUCUGAUAGACACAUCAGUGAAAUGAUCCUUCUAUAUGGAGCAAGCUUUGUUAUCUGUUCUGCACUCCUUGUCAUUUUGAUAUCUUACAUAUUCAUCUUCAUCACCAUCUUCAAGAUGCGCUCAACUGCAGGAUACCAGAAGGCUAUGUCCACCUGCGUUUCUCACUUUACUGCUGUCUCCAUUUUCUAUGGCACUCUUAUUUUCAUGUACUUACAACCCAGCUCCUACCACUCCAUGGACACUGACAAAAUUGUGUCUGUGUUCUACACCAUGGUUAUCCCCAUGCUGAACCCUGUGGUCUACAGCCUCAGGAACAAGGAGGUAAAAAGUGCAUUCAAGAAAGUUGUAGAGAAAGCAAAAUAUUCCUUAGGAUUUUGA